CAUAAACCCCCAGACCAAUUCUGUACCGAUAGGAUGAAGGUUUUUCAUUUAACUUCACGAACACAAGGUGUUUGUCGAAAUGCCUUAAAGAACUUCUUUAGUUCAUCGUCAAGCAAAUUGCCCUCGCAAGCAGCACCAUCAUUGAUUACCGAAAGACACAACAAGAAUUCGUCAAGUAGAUCACCAUCAUUCCAGAACAAAAACGCACCCAUGUUAUCACUAUACAGAAGAAUCUCACCAGUGGGUGAUCCCGACAUUUCGAUUGUACCAGUCCUUGAUCAAUGGGUCAGAGAAGGGAGGAAAGUCGAUCAAGAUUCUCUAAAUAACAUCAUCAAAUCCUUGAAGAAGUAUAACAGAUUCAAACAUGCUCUUGAGAUAUCAGAGUGGAUGACUGAUAAACGAUACAUACCCCCUACCAAAGGCGACAUUACGAGCAGGUUGCAUUUGAUAUACAAAGUUCACGGUUUACAAAAAGCCGAAGAAUUCUACAACAACAUCUCACAAAUAUUCAAAGGCUUUCAGGUCGAUAUCGCCCUUCUCAACAUCUAUUCUCUCGAAAAAUCCAUCGAUAAAGCCGAAACCAUAAUGCACAAGUUACGAGACACGGGUCUCACAACUCCUUUACCUUACAAUAUCCUGUCGCGUAUUUAUUACAGUAUCAAAAACUACCAAAAAAUGGACACCUUGUUUCACGAAAUGGAAACAAAAGGGAUUCACAGAGACAAAUACUCAUUCGCCCUUCGGUUAAACUUUUACGCAGCUACUCGUAACACCGAGGGGUUAAAUAAAACCAUGGAAAUAAUGGAAGCCUAUCCCCGUGUCGAUAUGGAUUGUGACACGUAUAUUAUCGCAACAAACGCAUUUUUGAAAGUCGGGUUAGUUGAAAAAGGUUUUGAAUUAUUGAAAAAAGUCGAAAAAUUGGCGAUUGGGAAUAAGGAUAAGUAUAAAACGCUCAAUACGGUGCUUAAAAUGUACGCAGAAUUAGGGGAAAAAGAUGAAGUUUAUCGGAUUUGGAAUAUUUUAAAGAAGGAGACGAUAUAUAAUACGGGAUAUAGAAACAUGAUAAGGUCGUUGUUGAAAUUUGACGAUAUUGAAGGAGCGGAGGUGAUUUCUAAAGAAUGGGAAACGAGAGAUUUGUCGUAUGAUUUCCGAGUAAUAGAUGAUUUGGUUGAUUGUUAUGUUAAGAAGGGCGAUUUGGGAAAAGCGAAAGAUGUUAUAAAAUGUGGAAUUGAGAAAGGGGGUACGCCUACUUUUCGUACGUGGUUUUGUUUAAUGAUCGGGUAUUUUGAGGGUAAUCGAGUUUUGGAAGGUGUUGAAGCAAUGAAGAAUGCAACACGGGGUUUUCGGGUUUUGCAGUUUGAGGAAGGAAUGAAGAAUAAACCUGUGAUUGUUUUGGAGUAUUUGGAAAGAGGGGGAAAUUUGGAAGAAGUAGAGGGGUUUAUGAAGUCGUUGGAGGCGGAAGGGGUAUUUUCGUCAAUUAUAUGUGGGAGACUGCUUGAUCUCAUCAAGAAUGAGACUUCUAGAUGUUAAUAACCGCACCGAAUAGCAUCAAUUUGUUAUGUAUUGUUCUUUUAGUUGAUGGAUUUAAUUGAGACAUGAAUCAAUCCAAUACCUUAAAUGUUAUGGAUGUUUUGUUUUGACUUAAUACAUAAAUAACGGCUUGAAGUUAGGAAA